CACACACCCCUUUUUUUCUUUCUUUCUCUUCUUUUUCCCUCUCUUUUUUAUAAAUUUUCUUUUAAUGUUACCAUCAGGUCAUUCACUUUUUGGUUCAUUAACCUUAGCAACGUUACUCGUCGGUUCGGCAUUGGCACUUGACCCAUGUGCAAAAAUUGCAGGCAACGCUACAGCUAGUUUCGGAGACGCCAUGGCCUGUUUAGACUACUUUAAAUACGACAAAGAAAUUGCUCGACAAACUGUAGAUACUGUCAGAAAAAUCACAAACGAACUCUAUGUUUUCAAUGAAGUCGCUGCUUUGCCACCCAAAGUAGAAGGCCUUUCACUGUCUGCAGUCAAUAUUACUUAUGGUCUUGAUCUAAUCAUUCAACAAGACUGGAAAUCAGACCGAGAAUUCCAAGAAGCUAUUGCUUUAUUACUUGAUAAAGUCCAAGAUGCUCAUUUGUCUUAUUCGCCCUUUUGUUACCGACAAUUUAUUUUUUGGCAGCCCAUCCAAUUAAACUCACUGUUGAGAAACAAACGUCUAAUUACCAACGUAGCCUAUGUCAAAAAUGAUGUAUGGCCCGAAGCCAAAGAAGAAUGGGUUGGUUGUGAAGUGACCGAGAUCGAUGGUUCGGAAGCCAUGGAAAUGAUUGUAAAUUAUGCCGUCAAUAACAAUGGUGAAAGUAAAGAUGUCAAUACCUGUUUCAACAAUAUCAUGAACACAAAGAGUUAUUUCCAUGGCUGGGAUGACGGUGCGGAUGAUUUAGGUUAUCAUCGUUUCUUACCAGCACAAGAAUUUCACAAUUAUACCAUGCGUUGUGCUAAAAAGGGCACUUUGCCCGUUCAAGAGGAUUAUGAUGCUCCAUUCACCGUACAAGUACCUUGGAUUGCUCAAGUACCUCCCAAUUUUAACACAGCCGAUGAUUAUUGGUCGAAUUUCUGUCAAUCCGCUCAUCGCAAUGAUAUGUCCAAACGUAAUAUCCAUUAUGAUCUCCAUGAACUCAAAAAUAUCUAUGAAGGUCAAGUCUUUGCUUUGGAUUCAGAAGGAAGAUCUGCUGCACAAAACGCUGUCGGCUCUAGUAAAGGUCCCUAUAUCGAAUUUAUUCAUUUGGACUCCCCUAAUGAAAAAGUCGCUGUCAUCGAUAUCCAAAGUUUCUCUAUUGCUUCCGAAGACCGUCAAACAUUUGCAGAUGAGUUCAUUCAAGGUUUACAAGACUUUGAAGAGAAGGGAGUUGAAAAGAUCAUUCUUGAUUUAUCUUCCAAUGGUGGCGGUGAUGCCUGUGCUGGUGAAUUUUUGAUCAGUACCUUUUUUAAUUCCACUCCCGAUUACCCUUCCGACAUCAAACACUCACCUUUCCUCGAACGUGUCGUCAAGACUGCUUAUGAACAAGAACAAACCAAAUGGUUUGAUUACAGAGCUUCUGGAUUUACUGGUAGUUCUUGGUUUACCGAGACCAAAGAAUACGCACGUGGUCAAGAACCCGCUGUCAAGUUCUCUCAACCUGUCACCUUGAGUUGCGGUAGUUGGUCCGAUACGAUCUCUACCAAAAAGUAUAAGAACACCAAAUGGAAGUCCUCUGAUAUUUUGAUUCUUUCGGAUGGACGAUGUGGAUCCACCUGCGCUAUUGUUGCUUCCCGCUUGCGUCUCUCACAUCAAGUACCUGCCAUGGGUUUAGGUGGUAUCCGUGGUAACCGUAUGCAAUUUGCUUCUUUCCCUGGUGGUGAAAGUGAUCGAUUAAGUAGUUUCUUGAUGGAUCUCGAGAUUUUGGGUUUAGCGAAUGAUCCCGAUGCGCCUUCUCCUUUCCCCGAACGUGCUGAUAUGGGUUGGACUUUCAGAGAGGUGUAUAAACCUACCGAAAAAUUCAAUGGUAGUGAAACCGAUUUAUUGGAAUAUAGUGCCAUCAAUGCCGAUUGUAGAAUGCAUUUUGAUGAUAAUAAUGCUGAUGAUAUCAAGAAACUUUGGGCCGAUGUUGCUAAAGUCAUCUUGGCUGGUCAAUGUCCUCUAAUUGAACAGUAAAAAAAAAUGUUUUUUUUAUAGUGUACUAUUAGAUUAUUCCCCCCCCCCCACUUCACUUUCACCUUGAACACACACACACAUGUAUCAUUUUGUUUUCUCAAGUAAAAAAAUAAAAUCACUUUCUAUCAAA